AUGCACGAUUCUUGUAUCGGACCGCUAGGCCAUGGACGCGCGUGGCAGAUGCUGGCGAAGAAGAUUGAGCAGGUUGCUACUGUAGUUUUAGGAGGGACGGUAGACAUGGGGAGGUUUCCUAGUCUGCUGAGGGAUUCUUUAGUAAUGAUACCCUUCGAUUUUGAUAACAAGUGUUGCCCACAAGCUGCCAUGUCACUUUCUUCAGGGAGAGACAACAUGACUACUAUCUUCUGUAUCCGAUAUGAAUGA